CCGAUUCAAACAUGAGAUAUACGUGACGUUGAGUGUGCUAUGCAUACUGUAAAGAGACAAACAACGUCGAACGCACGAACAUUCAUCUUACACCAUCGCACGUUGUAUAUACAUAUAGCGGCCAUAGUGACUUGAGAGGCAUAUCAGCCAAAUAAGGCAUUAAUUGACUGUUCCCGUUAACUCACCGCUGCGGCGCUAUCUCGUAACCCCAUUGACAUCCUCAUUAUAUAUUUUAAUCCGCGAGCGACUCGCUCGCUGCACAUUGUCGCUUAUGUUCACGUACGACAUGGAGGCUUCUUUACUUCCCUGAUGAGAAACGCACGAAGCAUCAGCAUCAGCAUCAGCAGUAGCAGAAACAUCAACAGCGACCGUGACAGCGGCACCGGCGACGGUGACGAGGCACGCACGCACGCACGCACGCACGCACAUCAUUACCGAACUUUGGAAUUUGGCACUUUGACCUCUCAGCUACCACUUCUCCGGCUUGUCACACACGGCACUUUUGCCGUGAAACACACUUCCCCACGUCCACAAAAUGAUUCGCUGAAUUAGGUGAGCUGUAGUCUGCAUUUGCGCGUCAACCGAUCCUUUCCUCAGUUAAUUCUCCAGCAAGUGCACCUUUACCACAGAAGCACUACAAAAUAAAUUAGUGUGCAGCUAUCAGAGGAUUAUAUAUAGCAACAUGAUUCAUUUGCCUUCAGACAAGUGUUUAUUCAUCAUGAAAAGAAGCCAAAUAUUUAUGUCUUCUAUAAAAUAUAUAGCAUAGUAGUAAAAUAUCUUAUCAUCAUGGCAGUGCUCACGUCUGUGAAGCAAUCAUCGUUGAUACAUCUUAUGUUUGCUAUUACAUUUUUUACAUCUGGCUUGAUAAUAAAUUUCUUCCAAUGUGUUUUAUACUUUGGACUGAGACCAUUUUCAAAGUAUCUCUACCGCAAGAUUAAUUAUUAUCUUUGUUACUCCUUCUAUUGUCAGCUAGUGUUCAUGGCAGAAUGGUGGGCAGGAUCGGAUGUUAUAUUGUAUAUAGAUAAGAAGGACUUCGAUAAAUAUUACGGUAACGAGCAUGGCUAUCUAUUGAUGAAUCAUAGCUACGAGACCGAUUGGCUUAUAGGUUGGUUGCUAUGCGAUCGCGUGAGAUUAUUGGGUAAUUGCAAAGCAUAUGCUAAAAAGUCGAUACAGUAUAUUCCCACUUUGGGAUGGGCGUGGAAAUUCGCGGAGAGCAUCUUCCUCGAGAGAAGUUGGGAAAAAGACAAGGAGAACAUCAAAGGCCAAAUUAGAGAGUUGGUCGAAUAUCCUGAUACAAUAUGGUUGCUGCUUUAUCCUGAGGGUACACGUUUCACUUCAAAGAAGCUGGAAGCCAGUCAAAAGUUCGCGAUAGAAAAAGGUCUGCCAGUAUUGAAAUAUCACUUAACGCCACGCACAAAAGGCUUCACGGCCAGUAUAAAUCAUAUAAGAGGCAAGGCGGCGGCCAUCUACGACAUUCAGAUAGCGUUUAAACCAUCAGACCCAGUGAAGCCGACAAUGAAGAAUCUUCUCUUAGGGAAACGAGUGGAAGGCCACAUGUAUGCCAAAAGAAUUACCAUUGACGAAGUACCGGAGGGAGACGAGGCUGCUGCUGAAUGGCUGCAUAAGCUAUAUCAGCAGAAGGAUCGUAUGGCGGAGAGUUUUUAUAAGACCGGCGAUUUCUUCGCCACGAGCGGAGUGCCUAGGACAGACUCGUUCACGUUAAAGAGAAGGUACUACUCCCUCAUUAACACUACAUUCUGGGCGAUAGUAGUCCUUGUACCAAUGCUGUAUUACCUUAUAAAGCUCUUCUUAUCUGGCUCGACCGUCUACUUCAGCAUCGGAGUUGCAAUUAUUCUUCUAUUUUAUCUGCUAAUGUACAAAACCAUCGGAAUGUCGGAAAUAAGUAAAGGUUCGUCGUACGGUGCGGCCGACACGAAGAAGGACAAAUAAUUCCAAAGCAAUCGCUGAUAAGAAAUGACUUUUGUGAAAAAUGUGUCAAAGGAAGAAUCCACAACAGCAAUUGUGUGAUUUUGAGUGGAAGUGGGAGGAAAAACUGCAGAGGGAAGCAGAUACGUAUACAUUUGAUUUAUACAUUUCUGUGUGAUCUAUUCGGCGAAGAAAUACGUUCUGUAUGUGGACUAGAU